AGAGAGAGAGAGAGAGAGAGAGAGAGAGGAGGAGGACAAGUGGAGAGGUUGGGGAGUUUUGGUAGGAUUUGGACUCCAUUGGAGAGAAGAAAAAGCUAGGAGAAAGGGUCUCAAGAGAGGAUUAAAGCUGCACAGGAGCCCCCUUUCCUUCACUACAAGACGUGAGACACAACCAUGACAGCCACCCGGCUAAUCUUCCUCCGAGAUCUGCCUUACAAGAGGUGAGGGGAAAAAAAAAAAAGAAACCCACAGAUAUUUGAAGUUCUACACCAAAAAGAAGCCACCUUUCUAUUGAUAUAGUUCAGAGAAGAGGGAAAAAAAAACAGGGGGGAUACAGAGGAAGAAGAAGAAGAAGAAGGAGAAAGGAGAAGAGAACGGUAUCCAUAGAUAUUUGAAGUUGUACAGCAAAAAGGAGCCACAUUUCUUUUGGCGUAGUUCAUAGAGAGAACAGGGGAGAAACAGAGGAAGGAGAAGGAUAAAGGGAGAUGGGGUGUUGCCAAUCCAGGCUAGAGAGAGAAGAGGCUGUGGCUCGAUGCAAGGCCCGGCGGCGAUACAUGAAGCAUUUGGUGGCGGAGCGGCACGCCUUCGCCGCCGCCCACACGCUCUACCUCCGCUCCCUCCGCUCCACCGGCGCCGCCCUCCUCCAGUUCGCCAACGCCGAGACUCACCUUGACCUCCUACACCACCACCUCCCUCCCCUCCCCUCCCCAUCCCCUCCACCGCCGCCGCCGCCUCCGCCGCCUCCGCCGCCACCGCCUCCCCCGCCUCCUCCAAUGAGCCCCAGCUCCGACAACUGGAUCUCUUCGGUCACCGCCUCCCCGGUGCUCCCCCCGCCCCCUCCCCCCCCACCACACUCGUCAAGCUGGGAUUUUUGGGACCCGUUCGUCCCGUCCUCCUCUCGGUCGAUCACCGAGGAGGAAUGGGAAGAGGCCGCCACCACCGCGUCGGAAGUCACCGCCGCGCCCGCCGCGGCCCCGGCCCCGUCGGUUGUUAGCGGCUUUUCGAAGGAUUCUGCAAGUGAGCUCGCCAUGGUGGUGGUGCCCAGGAGCCGGAAGGAUCUCUCUGAGAUUGUCAAGGAGCUCGACGAGUACUUCCUCAAGUCGGCGGAUGCCGGCAGCCGUGUAUCUGUGCUGUUAGAAGCACCAAAUUGCGAGCUUCCUUCUAAUCAAGGACUGGCAGGGAAGAUGUGCAGCUAUGGCAAGAGUUUGAAUCCAUUGCUUUGGACCUGGUGGUCCAAUUCAAAAGCUACUGGUUUCACCAGGUUUGGAAGGUGCGGAGAGGAGAUGGUGAGGGGAGUUGGUAAUGGUGGUGGAGUUGGCACUGAGAGCACGAGCCAUUCUUCUACAGUGGAGAAGCUCUUUGCUUGGGAGAAGAAGCUCUUCCUUGAAGUCAUGAAUUCUCAGAGCCUCAAGGAGGAGCACAAGAGAAGGGUGGGCCUGCUAAGGAACCAAGAGGCAAAGGGAGUGGACUAUGUGAAGGUUGAGAAGAACAGGAGAGAGAUUGAGAGGCUGGAGUCAAAGAUUUUGGUGUCCUCUCAGGCUAUAGAGACCACCACCUCUGAGAUCAUCAGGCUGAGAGAGUCUGAGCUUUUUCCCCAGCUCCUUGAGCUUGUCACUGGUUUGAUGGGCAUGUGGAGGAGCAUGUACGAGUGCCAUCAGGUACAGACCCACAUAGUCCAACAACUCGAGUACCUCAACAAUGCAUCAAGUAAUAAUCCGACCACCAACAUACACCGGCAGGCCAGUCUCCAGCUGGAGCUUGAGGUUGAUCACUGGUACUCAGCCUUCUGCAAUCUGGUCAAGUCCCAGAGAGAGUACAUCCAUUCCCUCACGGGCUGGCUGCGCCUCUCUCUCUUUCAAUGUGACCACAACCUGCUCGGCGAAACCCAGCAGAGCUCGGACAUCUACUCACUGUGUGAAGAAUGGCAGCUUGCACUUGAUCGAAUUCCUGACAAAGUAGCCUCAGAGGGGAUCAAAAGCUUCUUAACAGUGAUCCAUGCAGUUGUUCUUCAGCAGGCAGAGGAGCAGAAGCAAAAGAGGAAGUCAGACCUGGCAUUUAAAGAGCUCGAGAAGAGAGCAGGAGAACUAAGGGCAUUGGAGUCCAAGUAUGGCCCAUUCUCCAUAACAGAGGGUUAUGGGGAACCAGCACGGACAUCCCCAGUUAUGGAGAAGCGGGCAAAGGUGGAGGCUUUAAAGACGAAGGCCGAAGAGGAGAAGAGCAAAUAUGAGAAGAGUGUUGCAGUCACAAGAGCAAUGACUCUGAACAACUUGCAGACAGGGUUUCCAAAUGUUUUCCAAGCCAUGACUGGUUUUGCCAGUGUAUGUAUGCAGGCAUUUGAGUCAGUUUAUAACCAUCAGAGAAGCUCGGAUCGGGUCCUUGAUGUGAAGAGGUUGCUCACUUGAGGGAUCCACCGAAGAAGGCUAUUCAUGUAUAGUCUGUAAACAGUUUCAGUAUAGUAAGGAGGUGGGUGUUCACAGGCUUCUUUUACAUUUUAAUGGAUUUGGUUGGCAAAGAUGUGGAGGCUACCGAAGUGCUCUGGUUCUUGUGAUUUUUCAUGGUCCAAUGAGAGGCCUCCUGAUCUGAAAAGUGACAUUAUACUUAGAUCUGGGUGCUGGAUCAGUUGUUGGAUUCCAUGCAAUUUUUCCCUUGGGGCCUCUA